AUGAUUUCCUUGAGAAUUUUCCAGGUGCCACAGUACAUCUUGCUACCAUGUAUCUAUUCAGCCAUUCUUUACUGGAUGACAGGUCUUUCGGAAACAGCACGCCAGUUUUUGAUCUUCACCUUUGUUAACGUGUGCCAGUCAUUGAAUGCCAUUUCAAUCGGUAAGGCAUUCAAACAAUUUGGUUUGUCUACAAAGACUACUGCAAUAUUUUCUUCUCAAAUUGUCUUCUUUGACGAAGCAAUCGCUUUAGGGUACGCGUCCGGUUGCGUGUUCGGCGAUGAAGGUCUAGCCAUUACUGUUAUGUCGGCAUUUAUGCAAGCUCUACUGGUUUUUGGUGGUUUUUACAUCAACCUCCACAGUGUACCCAUGUGGAUGCGACCAUUAUCUGCGCACUCUCUUUCUUCAAGUACAGCUUUGAAGCAUUGCAAAUCAACCAAUGGACGGAGGUGGAUCACUUAUAUAAAAGGAUGUACUGGAUUGCUCAGCCAUGGUAAUAACACAGUUUAUUGUCCGAGCGAGACUGGAUUAGGACUGUUGCACAAGCGUGGUAUGGAGGGUUCGUUGAUAGUGAAUAUGCUGCUGCUGAUAUUCUUCAUUUUCAUGUAUCGCGUAAUAGGCCUGGUCGCUCUGGUUCUCAGAGCAAGAUUGACCUAA